AUGCACCGGGGGACAUCCGCCCCGCCUCCUUUUGGGAAAGGGAAAGCGUUCAAAACAAGGAACUGCGAGGCCAGGCGUCCUUAGAGGGGCACUCCGAGGAGGGGCUGCCCGCAUGGACGACAGCAAAGUAGCUGGAGGCAAAGUGAAGAAACCAGGGAAACGAGGCCGUAAACCAGCUAAAAUAGAUUUGAAAGCCAAACUUGAGAGGAGCCGGCAGAGUGCCAGAGAAUGCAGGGCAAGGAAGAAGCUGAGGUAUCAGUACCUGGAAGAGCUGGUUUCCAGCAGAGAGAGAGCAAUUUGUGCUCUCAGAGAAGAGUUGGAAAUGUACAAGCAGUGGUGCAUGGCAAUGGACCAAGGAAAAAUCCCCUCUGAAAUUAAAGCUUUGCUUAGUGGGGAGGAACAAAGUAAACCCCAACAGAACUCGGCCAAGAGUUCCAAAGUUGUGAAGGCGGAUGCAAACAGUCACAGUUCUUGGUGAAGAUGAAUUAUCUAAAAUUGAAGUCCCAACUUCUAGAACAAGCUAAAAGAAGCUAAAGUUCCUAAAAACAAACAGUGAUUUGUAGUCUUUAUGUUAAUGUGCCCCUUUGCACAGAAUGAUUACAGUGAUUAUGCUGAAAUGAACAUGAUUGUUGGAUUAUCAAAGAGUGUAAUAUCUAACUGGUAGAAUUAAAUGUAUGACUUCUAAACUCACAUUAUUUUCAUAUAUUACAAUUUAUAGGUAUGUAGAUUUUGGGCUUUAUGGUCUGGUUUUUUUGUUUGUUUGUUUGUUUUUUGUACUGUCAUAGAACUGUUCAAUUAAUAAAAUAUGUGCAGUGAAGUCAGAUCUCAUUUGCUUGAUAUUGAUGUAACAUUGAAGCUGUUAUGCGUAUAUUUUUGGUAUAUGAUGCAAUGCUAAUUGCUGUAUCCCAGCAUAGAUUGCAAAUAUAUAAUUGCUACUACCUUCCUUCUCUCCUAUUUCUGAUUUAGUAUAUGGUCUGUGAGUCAAGGAACUCUUCCUUCCAGUCUCACUUUUGCUGCAGACUCAUGUAGUACCCUUAGACAGGCCCACUUCACUUGCCAUUUGAGACAAUAUUACUGGCCUUGUACAGAUACUUCAGAUCAUAUAUGUGAAAUGCUUUGAUUUUGUAAAUGUCCCUCUAUGUGAAAUUUUCUGUAAAUGGAUGCACGGCUGAACAUGGGGUGAAAUAGAACUUUUCCUCUGUCUGUAAUGUGCUAGAUUGUCUGUUUGCAUGUUUUGUAUUUGAAUAAAGAGAACUAUUUAAGAACGUCA